CUCUCAUCCGUUAACAAUGAACAUCUGAGUAACACUGGCCAGAAAGUAACUUAAAAACAGACGACUGUUUAGACCCAACCUAGCUAUAUUUUCUUUUCUUUCUUGGCUCAGACUAUUGGCUUGUGUGGUGUGGAGCCACUCCCCUCUCCCCCCCUCCUCCGUGCUGAAGUGAUGCAGCACUCAGUCCCGCGGGCAGUGGGUGAAGGAGGUCAGCCUUCGUGUUCCAGGUAGCCUGGUCCGCUAGCUGAGGCGUCUCUGAAGAGCACGACCGUGAAGGAGAACGGCCCGGAGUUCAGGCGUGGGAAGGCGGGACAGAAAUCGUCUGGCUGGGGAUAUCUUGGUGUACAUGAGGACCAAUAAGCAGGGCUUGUGUACACGACAGACUCAACAUGCACCGAAUAACUGGAAAAGCGGGAGGGGACAGUUUAAUUGAGAUGAGCCCAACAGAGUCGUUCAAUGAUGAUAAAAAUGGCUACCACCAACAUGCCUCAUCCAGCACAGGAUCCCUUGAGCAGGGACAAUCAGCGUCUCCUCUAACGCCUGAUGAGUGUCUAGAGACCUGUGAGUCUCUCAACACCAGCCUGGCCUCCCUGGCCCCCUCUGACCACAGCGACAGUCCACAGUUUGAGACUCAGACUUUAGAGCAAAUCAAUACUUUGACUGGGCUGUCGAGAAAGCGGGCACUAUUCCUGAGGUUUCGUUCCAGGAUUGACAAACAGCAACACAGUAAAGACUCUGUGUUCUUCCGCGAUGGAGUGCGCCGGAUUGAUUUUGUCCUGUCCUAUGUUGACGAUAAAGAUGGUGAGAGAAAACAGGAGAGGAGGAAGGUGUAUGAGGCCAAUCUGUUGAAUGUUGGCCUGGAGCUUGAGACAGAAGAUAAAUCGGAGUCAGAAGAUGGAAGGACUUAUUUCGUGAAGAUCCACGCUCCAUGGGAAGUGUUGGCCACCUACGCAGACGUGCUGAAGAUCAAGGUCCCAUUCAAGGCCAACGACAUCCCUGAUAACAGUGAGAUGCCCAUGAACUGGCUGUCCACCCCUUUUCGUCUGCCAGAGCACAUCAUGCACCCUGAGCCAGACUAUUUCACAGCUCCCUUCAACAAGAGCAAGUCUGACUUCUUCCUUAUCGACGACAAAGAGACGUUCUUCCCCCCUUCUACUCGCAACAGGAUAGUCUACUACAUCCUGUCCCGCUGUUCAUACUUCAGGGAUGAAUGUGGAGAUAAAGACAAGAAGGGAAUCAAGAGGUUACUCAACAACGGCACCUACACUGCUGCCUUCCCGCUGCAUGAUUGUAGAUACUGGAAAAGAUCGAAGGAUGCUAACUGCGAAAGUGAGAGAUACAAUCUGUACAAACACUGGGCCAGAUUCCUCUGUUUCUUCAAGGAGCAGCCCCUCAAUCUUAUAAGGAAGUAUUAUGGGGAGAAGAUAGGUAUAUAUUUUGCAUGGCUGGGUUUCUACACUGAGAUGCUGUUGUUUGCAGCAAUAGUCGGGACAAUUUGUUUCAUCUAUGGAUUCCUCACCUACGAUGACAACGAGUGGAGUAAAGAAAUAUGUAGUGAUGAAAUCGGAGGCAAUAUUAUCAUGUGCCCGCUGUGUGACAAGAAAUGUGGCUACUGGAAACUCAACACAACAUGCAACUCCUCAUGGCAAUCACACCUGUUCGACAAUGUGGGAACAGUGUUUUUUGCCAUAUUUAUGGGAAUUUGGGUGACGCUGUUUCUGGAGUUCUGGAAGAGACGGCAGGCUCGUCUCGAGUACGAGUGGGAUCUGGUCGACUUUGAGGAGGAGCAACAGCAGCUGCAGCUUCGGCCAGAGUAUGAGACCAAGUGCACCAACCGCAAGCUGAACCGCAUCACUCAGGAAAUGGAGUGGGUUCUUGAAAGGACUGCUACAGAUCUAAUGGGGAAAUUGUGUCUGUGCUGGGCCGCCGUGGUACUCUGGAUCUCAUUGAUCAUUGCCUGCAUCAUUGGGGUGAUAGCGUACCGCCUAGCAGUAUACGCAGCCUUCGCCAGCAUCAUGAAGGACAGUCCCACCGCCCACCUGCAGGUGGUUGGCCCCUUAAUCACGCCACAGCUGGCCACCUCUGUUACCGCCUCCUGCAUCAACUUUGUCAUCAUCAUGAUCCUCAAUCUCAUGUAUGAGAGAGUGGCUGUUUGGAUCACUGACAUGGAAAUUCCCAAGACCCACCUGGAGUAUGAGAACAAACUGACAGUGAAGAUGUUCCUCUUCCAGUUUGUCAACUACUACUCCUCCUGCUUCUACGUGGCUUUCUUUAAGGGCAAGUUUGUUGGCUAUCCCGGAGAUUAUGCUUAUAUGUUUGGCAAGUGGAGCAAACUGAGAAAUGAAGAGUGUGACCCUGGUGGCUGUUUGAUUGAGUUGACCACCCAGCUGGUGAUAGUGAUGACUGGUAAACAGGUGUGGGGCAACAUCCAGGAGGCUCUGGUCCCGUGGCUGAUGAACUGGUGGGGCAGCAGAAAGGCAAGAAGCCACCCAGAGAGUCUGUACAGCCGCUGGGAGCAGGACCACGACCUGCAGGGCUUUGGACAGCUGGGCCUCUUCUACGAGUAUCUGGAAAUGGUGAUCCAGUUUGGUUUCAUCACACUGUUUGUCGCCUCCUUCCCCCUGGCACCCCUGAUGGCACUUAUCAACAACAUCAUCGAGGUUAGAGUGGAUUCCUGGAAGCUCACCACUCAGUUUAGACGUCCUGUGGCAGCAAAGGCCCACAGCAUCGGAGCCUGGCAGGAAAUCCUCAAUGGGAUGGCCGUACUCUCUGUUGUCACAAAUGCGUUCAUUGUGUCCUUCACCUCUGAUAUGAUCCCUCGGCUCGUGUACAUGUACGCCUACCAGCCAGAGGGUGAGAUGAAUAUGAAAGGCUACAUAAACAACAGCCUGUCGGUGUUUAAUAUCUCUGAGAUCCCAGCAGCCAGCAGGCCUGAGGACGGGGAGAACCCUUUCUGGUUCAACAGCUCCAUCACUACCUGCAGGUAUCGUGACUACCGCUACCCUCCUGGCCAUGAGAAGCAGUACUCCCACACUAUGCAGUUCUGGCAUAUACUGGCUGCCAAGUUGGCUUUCAUCAUUAUCAUGGAGCAUGUCGUGUUCCUGGUCAAGUUCUUUGUGGCCUGGAUGAUUCCCGAUAUUCCCUCUGACGUGAGGGCUCGAGUAAAGAGAGAGCGCUACCUGGUCCAGGAGUAUCUUCAUAACUAUGAAGUGGAGAAGCUGAAGAUACAACUCAGCCAAAACAACAGCCACAAUGAGUGUACCUGCUCUCCCAUGAUAUAUCCGUCUUUACCCAAACAUGAGGUGCUGUCAGAGUGUCUCUAGCCCUGCGAGCUGCUGGUCAGUCAGCUGGACAUGAUGGGUGGACAUGGUGAUGUAGAUUGCCCUGCUUGUGUAUUAUGAUACUGACCAUCACUUUGCUGUAGUGCCUGUGUUGUUUGUGCAGCAUGCACACACACAACUUCUAUUAAAGAGCUAGAGGUUUCCUCAACUCACAGCCAUCCCUCUUCUACUAAUCUGCUGGUAGUGGAAGUGCACACAGGUGAAAGACCAAGUCUCUGUGCAUGCUGAAACCUGAGGCACAUGAAUUUAAACCUUUGUCUCAUAUUUGGCUUUUCACUCUCUAUGUUGUAAUCAUAGUGCUGAGGAUAAUCAACGUUUGCUGUAAGGAAAGAAAGAGGAAUCUUAUACACUGUGUCUAAGACAGGCAACUUACUCUUGUUUUAAUACAAUACUAUUUAUUUAAGUGUCACUAUGAGUAACCAAAGAUUGAAUGCCUUAAUAUAGCACACACUUAUUUUUGGUUCUAUCUGCCAGUAGAAUAACAAUUGAUAUUAUUUGGUAACUGAGAGCUUGCUUUUUAUGGGGUUUGAGUAUUUCCCUUGUUCAUAUGUGCAGCUGUGUGAAGGGCUCCAGUGUCAAAUACUGUAAGUUUAUGUUCAACUCAAAUUUUUUUGCUUUUGUUUUUACAGUUACUGCAACAAAUGUGAGCAUUGUUUAUUUGACAGCAUUGAGGUCACAGCACAGAUGUAACACAAUUUUGCCAAAUUAGUUUCCUCACUACUUCUUUACUGCUUUAAUCUCGCAACAGCCCAACAGUUUCUCCAGGCCAAUAUCUGACAUGUGAAGUAGCUUUUUCAUGCAGACAAAUCUGUGCUGCUGUUACUACUGUGAGUUAGGGCAGAUUUUGUCCCGCAAAGGCCAGUUGUUGAGCAGGAUCAGCAGCUGGUGCAUGUUGACUGUUGACAGUGAGUCCUGUACCUGGAGAUGAGAAGUGAAAAGCCCUGAGAGGGUGAAGAGAUCCCUUUUUAAUGUGCCUCUGUUUACCAACAGGUUGAAGCUAAUGAAAGCCUGCCCCUACCUACUGAACUAUGUGUGCUCCAUUACACAAAGCACAUCAGCCAUCGCCUAGUUCUUGUGCUUCUGGUUUCCUCAGUUGUGUCUGUGUAGAGAAGGAAAGGUACACAUUCUUUUUAUAUUAUUUUGCACAAAGCACUUAAUGAAACGUGACUACCAAAACAUAAACAUGUCAGUGUGAUUGUUGUCAUGUCAGUACAUAUUCAUAAUCAGUGUUUUGAAGCAGCGAUGUGUGAUAAUCUUUGUUCAUUUAAAUGGAACAAGAGUUGUGCUAUAUGUAAGAAGAGAAUUCCCUGUUCCAAAUUUGAGGUUUAUAUUGAGCUUAAAUGACAACAAAGAGAAAGAUGUAGCUUUUUGUUUCGAAAUUAUAUGAAGGACAUUAACGUUUAUAAGGCGGCCUACAUAGAAAUAUGUGAGAAGUAUCUGUUGUUGAAUUAUUUUAAUUUGAGGUAAAAUAGCUGGCUGGCUGUGCUACAAGGCUGGGCAACUAAAUCUAUGUUUGUUAGAGAUGCAUGUAGAUGUGACCACAUAGCCGAGAGCAACGUUGGACUCUUAGCGCUUUCCCUUUACAUGCCCUGCGCUCAGCUAAACUCAUGCCUGUUAAUGCCUUAACACAUCUAAUACUUUUUAAAAUUUUCUUGUACAUCUUUUUUCUUAUGUCUUCUUUUGUUAUGCUUUAGUAAUAAUAUUUUAUUUUAUACUGUUGCCAUGCUUGAAAAAAAAAAACGGUGAACCUGUUUACUGUAUGCUUAAAGUUACAAUUUCAUGUUUUCAUUUAUUUUUUCUGUAAUAUUUUUUAACUGUCCUGUAUCCAAAUAUGUAUUGUAAACAAAGACAAAUCUCCAAAUAAAGUACCAGUUCAACUUGA